AUGGCUACUAGGACUCAGUUUGAAAACUCUAACGAAAUUGGUGUAUUUUCCAAGUUAACUAAUACCUACUGUCUUGUCGCAUUAGGUGGAUCAGAAAAUUUCUACUCAGCUUUUGAAGCAGAAUUAGGUGAUGCCAUUCCUAUUGCUCAUACUACUAUUGCAGGUACCCGUAUUAUUGGGAGAAUGACCGCUGGUAACCGUAGAGGUCUAUUAGUGCCAACUCAAACAACUGAUCAAGAACUACAACAUCUAAGAAAUUGUUUACCAGAUUCAGUAAAGAUUCAAAGAGUGGAAGAAAGAUUAUCUGCAUUAGGUAAUGUUAUCUGCUGUAACGAUUAUGUCGCUUUGGUUCAUCCAGAUAUUGACAGAGAAACUGAAGAAUUAAUAAGUGAUGUAUUGGGUGUUGAAGUUUUCCGUCAAACUAUUUCAGGUAAUAUUCUAGUUGGUUCUUACUGUGCCUUGAGUAAUCAAGGUGGGUUAGUCCAUCCACAAACUACUAUUCAAGAUCAAGAAGAACUAUCAUCUUUAUUGCAAGUUCCAUUGGUUGCGGGUACCGUGAAUCGUGGUAGUGCGGUUGUUGGUGCCGGUAUGGUUGUUAAUGAUUAUUUAGCUGUCACUGGUCUUGAUACCACUGCUCCUGAAUUAAGUGUUAUUGAAAGUAUCUUCCGUUUGCAAGAUGCUCAACCCGAAUCUAUCUCAGGUAACUUACGUGAUACCUUGAUUGAAACAUAUUCAUGA